GUAUGGUUUGGUGGGAGGUUAGGGAUGGAGGGAGGGUGCAGGGAUGGAGGGAGGGCGCAGCUUGAGACCAGACUUGCUAUAUUAGAACAGGGAGAAAAAGGUAUUUCUACAAAAGAUGUUUCGCGAUCUCCAGUAAAUUUUAAUGAUACUUCGGCAUUUAAUAUACCUGAUAAUACUCCAAAUUCUAGUAUUACUCCCGAACGAAUAGAAAAUAGCUCCGAUAUAACAUCUGAUUAUGAUACAUACCAUAAAAAGAAUAGCCGAUCCUCCACGUCUUCUAUUACUAUAAAAACCACAUCAUCGGAAGAGAAGAAAAUUAAUGAUUUCCUGGAUAGUGUACAUAAAGAAACGAUUAGUGAGAAAAUAAGAGAAAAGAACCGGGAAAAGAAUCUUAGAUCUCAAUACAAAGUACAGAAAAUCAUGUCAGAAAUUUCUGAAAACUCAAGUUCUAUUAAUAAUGAUAAUAUAGAUAGGGAUGUGACAACUACUACCCAGGAUGAAGCGGAAUCUCUGCCCAGCAAUACUAACUUUACGCUUUUAUAUGAAGAACUUUGUGAAUCUCAAUGUAAUAAUAGUAGGUUUAAAAAUCUUGUAAGAGAUCAUACCCUGGAGGCAGAACAGGCAAGAGAAGCAGAGCUGGCGAGCAAUAUUUUGAGGAAUUUUCGUUCUCGUUUUUGGGAGAGACCAGAAACACCAUUUGACUUAGCGCAUAGUGCAAACACAUCUACCAGAAGACGACACCGUAACCGUACUCCACCACCAACUUAUGAUGGAGUGUCAUCAAUUCCAAGCAUGAAUCGCCGUGAAUUUACUGCCGGUCAAAGAGAUCGAUCCGCAUCACCUACCAGAAGAGUUCCUAGCAGAAGGGAUGAGUAUACUAAUCGAUAUAAUGUAAAUAAUUUAGGUGGAGAUUUAGGCAAUAAUGUGGGUGGAAAUUCCAGCCAUAACGCAAAUGAUGUGGGUAGAGAUUCAGGCCAUAACGCAAAUGAUGUAGGUGAAAAUUCAGGUCAUAACGUAGAUGAUACAGGUGGAAAUUUAGAUGAUACAACAUACGAAUUUUCAUCUGAUUUGACAAGUAUUACCUCAGCCCUUAAUAUAUCUGCAUCACAAAAUGACAGUGAUUUUAGUAUGGCCGAUGCAGGAGGAGAUAGUCAAUUGUUGGAAUCUAUAGUUACUGUAUAA